UGUUUUGAGCUGACACUCCCCAUCUCGCCUCUCGCGCGCGCGCAGACUAGUACCGUGCCCCGCGGUGGCAGGCACCAAACCCAUCGAAAGGUCUCCCAUAACGCGUAAGCCUCGGCGAUCGCACGGCCGCACGGGCCGCCGGCCGCGCGCCCCCUUUUAUAUCACGGCGCCACAGGACAGCGAGGCAAGGAGGGGUAGUGGUGGGCUGGUGGUGGCAGCUUCCGGAGACGCAGGAAACAGAGGAGGAAUCCGCAGGAGGAGGCGUCGACCGAGCGGGCUCCCCGCUGCUGCUCCCAUGGGGAACUGCCUCGGCUCGGAGGAAGCCGAAUUGGAGGCCGUGAAGAACGUUGGCCGCCAUGGGCAGACCCAAGCACCUGCACGGGCGCUUCCGAUGGCGGCACCGGAGCCGGACCCUUCGAUGAGCUCAUCAUCGGGGCACCCGAGCAGCAGGUCCCCGGGGUCGUCCAUGAGCAGCAUCGCGACGACCCGGAGCGGCAGCAGCAGCAGCAGCCUGGCCGCGUACCCGGAGGGCCGGAUCCUGGAGGCGCCCAACCUGCGCGUCUUCACCUUCGCGGAGCUCCGGUCGGCGACGCGCAACUUCAAGCCCGACACGGUGCUCGGCGAGGGCGGGUUCGGGCGGGUGUACAAGGGCUGGGUCGACGAGCGGACCAUGAACCCCACGCGCUCCGGCAUCGGCAUGGUCGUCGCCGUCAAGAAGCUCAACCCCGAGAGCGUGCAGGGCCUCCAGGAGUGGCAGUCGGAGGUGAACUUUCUCGGGAGGCUGUCGCAUCCGAACCUGGUGAGGCUGCUGGGGUACUGCGUGGAGGACAGGGAGCUGCUGCUCGUGUACGAGUUCAUGCCCAAAGGCAACCUCGAGAAUCAUCUCUUUAGAAAGGGUGGAGCCUUCGAACCCAUCCCCUGGAACCUUCGGCUUCGGAUAGCCAUUGGUGCGGCCCGUGGUCUCGCGUUCCUCCACUCAUCGGAGAGGCAGAUCAUCUACCGAGACUUCAAGGCUUCCAAUAUUCUCCUCGACACGAAUUACAACGCCAAGCUCUCGGAUUUCGGCCUCGCCAAGCACGGCCCUACCGGCGGCGACAGCCACGUCACGACGCGCGUCAUGGGCACGUACGGCUACGCUGCCCCGGAGUACGUCGCCACAGGGCACCUGUACGUGAAGAGCGACGUGUGGGCCUUCGGCGUGGUGCUGCUGGAGAUGCUGACGGGCCUGCGCGCGCUGGACACGGGCCGCCCCGCGCAGCAGCACAACCUGGUGGACUGGGCCAAGCCGCACCUGGCGGACCGGCGGAAGCUGGCCCGGCUGGUCGACCCGAGGCUCGAGGGCCAGUACCCGUCCAAGGCCGCGCUGCAGGCGGCCCAGCUCUCGCUGCGCUGCCUCGAGGGGGACCCCAGGAGCCGGCCAUCCAUGGCCGAGGUCGUCGCUGCGCUCGAGGAGAUCGAGCAGAUCAAGGUGCGGCCCAAGGGCGGCGGCGCGCCGCGGGAGGAGCGGCGGGGCGCAACCGCUCGUCGCGCCCGAGGUCCGGCGGGUCCGGCCGGGCGGGGAGCAGCCACCACCACCACUCCCCGUCUCCAAGUAUGAGGUAGCACGACGCUUGCAGUGUAUCGGUAGCUUUUGCUGCAGAUCUUUUCGGCAGCAAUGGUGAAGGCCAGAAGGGCCUUGUAUGUUCAGUUUGAUCGUAGAUGGCCCAAAUGUUGGCUGGUACACGGGUUCAGGAAUCAAUAGGAUGUUAUUAUUUUUCAAUCUUCUUCUCUGGUUUCGCCAAACUUUGUUGUAAAAGAGGGCCGGCGCAGAUACAGCAUGCUCCUAUGUAGUAGUAGUAGUAUGAACUCGAACUCCUAUGUAGAAUAGUUAGCAGUUUCUGAAACAAAACUCAUUUCAUCGUGCGGCCUGUAACCAAAGCUACGGCGAACUUUAGAUU